AUGGCAAAAGUAACUCAACCACCACCAUUAUCACCACUUGGUAAUGCAGUCGCCGGAUCUUUGGGCGCUAUAUUCGCAUUAUCUAUAACUUAUCCAUUGGAUAUCAUAAAAACUCGACUUCAAGUGCAAACAAAAGGUAUAUGUGAUGAGUACUACGAGUCAACAAUAGAUGCGAUUCAUAAAAUACUGAAGGCCGAAGGAAUACUUGGGCUUUAUACGGGAUUACCUUCUGGUCUUAUCGGAGUAGCCUCGACAAACUUUACAUAUUUUUAUUGGUAUUCUUUCAUUCGUACUCGCUAUCAACAAGCGCGUUCUACAAGUUCUUUAUCUACCGCCGAAGAGCUCAUAAUCGGUGCCCUUGCAGGUGCACUUGCCCAAAUUUUUACAAUUCCUGUGUCUGUUGUAACUACACGCCAACAGACUUCGAGCAUCAAUGAACGUAAAAGCCUUAUAAAUACUGCAAAAGAAAUUACUCACGAAGAUGGAAUCACUGGAUUGUGGAAAGGACUAGGGCCAUCAUUGGUAUUAUGUAUCAACCCUGCUAUAACUUAUGGUGCUUUCGAGAGAUUCAAAGAUAUAAUGCUAAAGAGGAACUUUAAUCUUACACCUGGCCUAAUCUUCUGGCUGGGUGCCCUCAGUAAAACUAUUGCUACUGUGGUUACCUACCCAUACAUUAUGGCAAAAGUAAGGCUACAAUGGAAACCAUCAAAAAACAAAGUGGCCGUUGACGAUGUUGAGGACGAAGGAGAUAAGCAAGCGUUUGACGUUGAUGGUCAAAACAGAAAAGCUAAUAGUGUUGAAAAUAAAGGUGCAAUUGGGAAUACAAGCACAGAUCACAAAAGCUGUGCUUUCUCAAGCGAUACUUUUCUAUGCUAA